AUGGCAUCCAAAUUCCUUAACCUCGUUUCUCUCACUUCUCUCGCCGUCCUCGCUCUUUCGUCCUUCGAGGCUGUCGGUGCCACUUCCGUCGACCGUGGCCACGUCGCCCGCCACGCAGCAGCUGCUCACCAUGCUCGUGGCCACGACGCGGUCGCCAAGCGCAAGCGCCAGUCUUCCGGUUCUUCCUGCAAGCCCCGCCCUUCUUCGUCUUUGAGCUCUGCCCCCACUUCCUCGGCUCCGGCUCCCAUUACGUCUGCUCCGGCUCCCACAUCAUCGGCCCCUGCUCCCUCCUCGGCCCCUGCUUCCUCAGCCAGCUCUGCUGCGCCCUCCCCUUCUUCGAGCCCUGCUACCAACAACUCCAAGAAGUGGGGUCUCGGUUGGCCCAACGGUGAUGCCAGCUGGCUUAACAACUUCGCCGAACUUGGCAACAUUGGAUAUAUUUACACUUGGUCCCCCUCCCUGCCUUCCAACAUCCCCGAUGGUGUUGAGGGUAUUCCCAUGGUCUGGGGCUGGAACCAAGUCUCGGAGUUCCAGCAGACCGUCGUUGCCGGUUACGCCAAGUAUGCUCUUGGUCCCAACGAGCCCAAUGAACCUAGUCAGUCGAACAUGUCCCCCGGUUCGGCUGCUCAGCUCUGGCGCCAGUACCUCGAGCCUCUCGUGAACCAGGGUUACACUCUCAUCUCCCCUGCUUGCACCAACGACCAGGCUGGUCUUGACUGGUACCAGCAGUUCUUCCAGACCUGCCCCGACUGCACCGUCCAUGCCAUUGCCUUCCACUGCUACACCACCGAUGCGCAGAACUGCAUUGAUUUCGCUCAGCAGCUCUACGAUACCUAUGGCAAGCCCGUCUGGAUCACUGAGUUCGCCGAUCAGAACUUCACCGGCGACGGUGGUCAGGCUUCCAUGGAUGAGAUCUGGGGCUUCGCCUCUCAGCUCAAGGACUGGGUCAAUGGCACCCCCUGGCUGGAGGCUGCCUUCCCCUUCGGUGUCAUGAACGACCUCCAGGGUGUCAACACCUUGAACGCUCUCCUCAACACGGCUGACAACAUGCCCACCGACCUCGCUUACUCUUACUUCGGUUGA